CCCAUUAUUUUAAGCGACACUUCAAUCAAACUUGGUCGGCAUAGCUGGAUCGGGGCGAAGUCCACGUCAGCAUAAACACGUGAUCUAUUAUUAUUGGUUGUUAAAACUAUUCCUACUUCCAAUUCUACCCUUACAAUAUUUCUUCAACGGAAUUUCACCAGCGUAGCAAUCUUCGUGAGAGAGAAAAAGAGAGAGGCCGUUACUUUUAUAUAUCUGCGGUAUCGCCGGAAUCGCUCUUCGAUCUCACCGGAAAAUAUCGAUCCUCACAUUAUCGGUGAGCUCCGAUGGUGAAUCCAUUGGUUGAACGUGCCACCAGCGACAUGCUUAUUGGUCCUGAUUGGGCUUUGAACAUCGAGAUCUGUGACAUACUCAAUCGUGACCCUGGGCAAGCAAAGGAUGUUGUUAAAGGUAUAAAGAAGCGGAUUGGAAGUAGAAAUUCUAAAACUCAACUUCUUGCACUAACUCUGCUGGAGACGAUCGUGAAGAAUUGUGGGGACAUUGUCCACAUGCAUGUUGCGGAGAGAGAUGUUCCUCAUGAGAUGGUGAAAAUAGUAAAGAAGAAGCCUGAUGGUCAUGUCAGAGAGAAGAUACUGAUUCUUAUUGAUACUUGGCAAGAAGCUUUUGGAGGCCCAAGGGCAAGAUAUCCACAGUAUUAUGCUGCCUACCAGGAACUAUUGCAUUCUGGGGCUGUAUUCCCUCAAAGGUCUGAGCAUUCUGCACCUGUAUUCACGCCACUACAAACACAACCAUUGGCAUCAUACCCUCAAAAUAUACGCGACGCUGACGCAAGGCACAACUCAGCUGAGCCAUCAGUGGAGUCUGAGUUUCCAACCCUAAGUUUGACUGAAAUUCAGAAUGCACGCGGUAUUAUGGAUGUUCUUACAGAAAUGCUCACUGCUUUAGAGCCUGCUAACAAAGAAGGGCUUAGACAGGAGGUUAUUGUUGAUUUGGUGGAGCAGUGUAGAACAUACAAGCAAAGAGUGGUACACCUUGUUAACUCAACUUCGGAUGAGUCACUGUUAUGUCAAGGACUAGCUCUUAAUGAUGAUUUGCAGCGUGUACUGGCCAAGCAUGAAUCCAUUGCUUCGGGAGCUUCUGUUCAAAAUCAGAAUGAGAAAUCAAAUCCUGCACCUACUGAAGCACUUGUAGAUGUUGAUGCUCCUUUGAUUGAUACUGGAGAUACUAGUAAACAAACUGAUGCGAGAUCACCUUCUAGUGCUGAAGCAGGAUCUCAAACAUUGAAUCAGUUGUUGCUUCCUGCACCCUCUACAUCAAAUGCUUCAGCUCCUCCUGUGAAAAUUAACCCCAAAUUGGAUCUGCUCAGUGGUGAAGAUUAUGACUCACCAAAAGCAGAUAAUUCACUUGCUCUUGUUCCUGUGGGAGAACAACAGCCAGCCAGUCCUAUGUCUCAACAGAAUGCCAUUGUUCUUUUUGAUAUGUUUUCCAAUGGAAAUAAUGUGCCGGGUUCUGUUAAUACCCAGCCAAUAGCUCCCCAAUUUCAACAACAACAAACUUUCAUAUCUCAAGGUGUAUUUUACCCCAACGGAAGUGUGCCAAAUAUGGGGUCACCUCGGUAUGAGCAAUCACUAUAUGCACAAAGCACAGGUCCUGCCUGGAAUGGUCAGGUUGUGCAGCAGCAGCAGCCACCUUCACCAGUUUAUGGUGCACAAAGUGGUGGGUCAUUGCCGCCUCCUCCUUGGGAAACUCAAUCGGCCAACAGUGGUAGUCCAGUAGCAGGCAGUCAAUACCCACAACCACUGCAACUCACUCAAAUGGUCAUGACACAUGUACAAACUGCCGCACUUCCUCAGGGACCUCAAGCAACAGGGUAUGACCAGGCUGCUGGAAUGUAUAUGCAACCAAAUGCUGGCCAUAUUUCUACAAUCAAUAACCAGGCUCAAAGUAACCAAUUGAGCUUGCAGCCUCAGUAUAUUCAGGGCGUUGCAGGUCCUUAUAUGGGUAUGGUUCCACCUCAAAUGCAAAAUGGUCCUGUGGCUUCUGUGUAUCCUCAACACAUGUAUGGUAACCAAUACAUGGGAGGAUAUGGCUAUGGUCAGCAGCAACAGCAGCAACAACAACAAGGGCUACAAUAUGUGGAGCAGCAAAUGUAUGGUUUAUCUGUGAGAGAUGAUAAUGCUCUAAGAAAUUCUUACCAGGUUUCUGGUGCAUCUUAUGCGCCAUCCGGGAAGCCUUCGAAGCCAGAGGAUAAGUUAUUUGGGGACCUUGUUGACAUGGCAAAAGUGAAGCCAAAAUCUACUCCAGGCCCAAGCUGAUAGCACUUAAAACUAUGAUGGGAUUUUUGCCUUUUUCAUUUGGUUCCAACUCUUGCGAUCUUUUUUCUUUAUUCUUUUCAUUCUACUUUUUUAUAUGCUAAAUAUAUUAAUAUCUGUAUAUCCUUUUUUGUUAAUGUCCCAUAUUGUUUUGCUUGUCUGCCAAUCGGCUGUAGAUUUAGGUGUUAAUAUAUUUUCUUAUCCCUGAAAUAUACCCACAUUUUUAUUUAGUCCCUGAUUUUUAUUAUUUUUUUAAUUUUUGAUGUGGUAUUCGUAAAAUGUAUUUGAUCCAUUUCGGUACUUGUUAUUUUGUUUUGGUCCUUGUAA